AUGACAAAUCAUACAUCCAUGGAUUCCAACUUAAAUGAUGAGAAUAUUGACCAAUAUCUAUCACGAUCGGAAAGCACUGAUGCGGUUGGUCAACCAUGCACGAACGAAUACCCAACGUCUGUAACAGAUUUGGUUGUCGGAAAAUUUAGUCAGACAAUAGACGUAAUUUCGGAGAUCAUUAAAGAUGAUAAUCGACUAAUUAUAAGUACAAAUGGGCAUUUACGAACUGAUGCUGAUGAAACCAGCAUCGUAGAGGAAGAAACUAUUACCAACAGUGAUCAAUAUCAAUCGUCUGCUGAACCAUUGCCAUCCCUACCAGAACAACAGCAAAAUCUUUCAGUCAUUACACAAAGUCUUUCUGCUGCUACGCAAAGUCUCUCAGUAGUUACACAAGCUCUUCUUAAUCAAAACGAACAAAUAUUUCAGCAGAUACAAGCACAACAACAACAACAGCUAACACAGGUGUUGAUAUGGCAACAACAACAACAACAACAAGCUAAUAAUCGAAAUACACAAGCUCCAGCAUCAAAUAUACAAUCGGCAAAUAAUUUCAAUCAAAAUAGUCUACAAAUUGAUCAAUCAGACAAGCAAAAAGAUUACUUUGAUACAUUGGUUAAACUAGCCAGCACUACUAUACUACUAUGGACGAUGGUGACACUUGUAAAAAGAUCUUAA